AUGACCCACCAGGCACACCCAUUUCACAUAGUAGACCCAAGUCCCUGACCACUAACAGGAGCCAUCGCCGCAUUAUUAAUGACAUCAGGUCUAGCAGCAUGAUUUCAUUUUAAUAACACUAACCUAAUAUACCUUGGCCUAGUUGUCUUAUUAUUAACUAUACAACAAUGGUGACGAGACAUCAUCCGUGAAGGAACUUAUCAAGGACAACACACAGCACCCGUACAAAAGGGGUUACGAUAUGGCAUAAUCUUAUUUAUUACCUCAGAAGUACUAUUCUUCGCAGGCUUCUUUUGAGCUUUUUAUCAUUCAAGUUUAGCCCCAACCCCAGAACUAGGAAACCAAUGACCACCAACCGGAAUUGAACCUUUAAACGCCUUUGAAGUCCCAUUGCUUAACACUGCUGUCCUACUAGCCUCUGGAGUAACAGUAACAUGAGCCCACCAUGCUCUAAUAGAGGGUAAACGAAAAGACAUAAUUCAAGCACUUACCCUAACAAUCUUACUUGGCUUAUAUUUUACAAUCCUUCAAGCCGCCGAAUAUUAUGAAGCCCCCUUCACAAUCUCAGAUAGCGUCUAUGGCGCUACUUUCUUCGUAGCCACAGGUUUCCAUGGCCUUCAUGUAAUUAUUGGCUCAACCUUUCUUCUUGUCUGUCUUAUUCGACAACUAUCUCACCAUUUUACAACAAGUCACCAUUUUGGAUUUGAAGCCGCUGCCUGAUAUUGACACUUUGUAGAUGUCGUAUGAUUAUUCUUAUAUGUAUCAAUCUACUGAUGAGGCUCAU